AUGUUCAGUGUGUUUGUUUGUGUGUGGGUAUGUAGGUAUGCCAGUCUAUAUUUCUGCUGUGCGGUGGAGGAGCAUGACAAUGAGCUUAUUACCCUGGAGGUCAUCCAUCGCUUUGUGGAGCUGCUGGAUAAGUACUUUGGCAGUGUUUGUGAGCUUGACAUCAUUUUUAACUUUGAGAAAGCUUACUUUAUCCUGGACGAGUUUCUUAUGGGGGGAGAAAUUCAGGACACAUCCAAGAAGAGCGUGCUGAAGGCCAUCGAGCAAGCCGACCUUCUACAAGAGGAGGAUGAGUCACCCAGGAGCGUCCUAGAGGAGAUGGGGCUGGCCUAGUACUAGUUUCAAAUGCAGUCAAGACAGAUGGUAAAUUUUGGUACUACUGCGACAUGUGGGUUUAUGUGAAGGGGAGUUUGUGAAUGGGUCCAAAGGGUGGGAGGAGAACAGGAGAAUAAAAGAGGGUAGGUGGGGUUAAUUUUGGUACUACUGAGAUCAGCAUGUGAUUGUAUUUCAAUUCCAACCUCUUUUUGUCUUUUACAUUUUAAAAUGGCUGGGAUCUCAUCUUUCUUAAGAGACACUGUAGAAAGAGAGUUGCAGAUAGACACUCAAAUUUAGCAAUCAGAAACAUAUUUAGAAAAAGGAGUUGAGCCUUGCCAUUUUAACAACAGGUCAUGCAAUCUCAGCUUUUAGUUUUAUUUCAAAGAAUGAUUUAUUAUUACAUUGAUCAAGUGACCUGCUUUGGAAAAACCUCAAAUUGAAUCCAAUGCCAUUACUAUACAUCUACUGUAGCUGCUCAGGAAACAAUGACAUUGACCAUCCAGCCAUGUUUAUUUGUGUGAGAUGCAAAUAUUUGUACUUGUACCACUUUAAAAAGAAGUGCUAUUGCAGCAUAUGGACCAUAAGUAACUCUACUAAUGUUUUUUUAUAAUGGAUCGAUUUUGAAGAUAUAUUCACCAAACAGGAGGAAUAUUAAAUAGACGAUUUUAAAUGGCUACAAUACUGAAUUGACUAUAUUCAGUAUUAAUUUCUAUUCAUUUUGUUUUGUCCCUUGAGCCACAGUAGUAAAACGUCUGAAUGUGUUUUACUUCGAGAACAGGGCACUGAAUCUCAACCACAAAAUGGCGUGAAAGCUCUUUCCUGUUUGUCUUGGUCUACAUCCUGCUUUCCAAAGACGUGUUUCUGACUGUAAGCGUGGCGUUAGAGUUCUAAUAAGUAAGGGAGUAUUUGUAGCUUGUUUCAGAUAACAAAAGAGGGCUUUGAUAUUAGGUGUGAUGUAUUUACAUGGCUUUUUAAACGUGGUGUGAAAUAAGGGAAUAUUUUGAGAUUAACUUUCUUUCUUUUUUUUUUUCUUUUUUUUAAAGCGAUUGAAUAAUUCAGCAUGAAGACAUGUUUUUACCUGUGUAAAAUCUGUCUGGUAACCAAAACAGAAUUAUGUGUGAAUGUAAUUUUAUAAAUAAUAAAAACACAAUUUCAGCCUAAA